AUGGGGGAAGACAAUAUCAUCGAUUUUGUGUCCUUGAAGCAGACACUCGUGUUCUGGAACAUAGAUGACUACCCAAUCCCUGUUGAUGCUACCGAUGCUCUUGAUCCUGUUUUUGCUGAUAUCUUAAAAGCUCUUGAUUUAAUGGGCUUUCGUUAUGGGUAUAUGGACGUGAAUCUGUAUUCUGAGAAACUCAACUGCGACAAAAAAGAGGAUGAAAUAAUCAACGGCUUAGUCCAAGGUGUUUCUUAUUCGGCUUUUGCUUACAAAGUGCCGGCCAUCACUUUGUAUAUGAUUCGUCUGGCAUCAAUGAUUGGACCAGGACCAGUAAAUAUUUGUGUAAUCGCAAAACCAAAAAGGGAGUUGCAUAGGGUUCUCCAGUGUUUGAAAUCUAGGCGUCACAAUGUUGUCCUAGUAGUGCCACCUCCACCGCCUGAUGAAGAAUUUCUCUUUAGUGUAGACUUUCUGCUUGAGAACUCACGACUUUUAGGGGGAGGAAAGCCAAGAUUCAAAGAUUUCUAUCGUCAUUGUAUGUAUGAGUAUGAUAUGUCCGCAGAAAAGUAUGUAGAGAUCAAAGAAGAUGUCUCCAAGACUGUAGAUUUCUCCGAGCGUAUCCCAACCGUCAAAGGGGCUAGGACAGCCGUCUUCUGGGAUGCUGUGGCUUGCCCAUUCCCUCUUGGUUCCACUCCUGAUGAGAUCUACAACUCUAUCUCAUCAGCUCUUGUGGCAAGGGAGUUUAGUGAUAACAUUACAAUAUGGGCCUAUCUUGAUGAUGAUGACAAGAGGUUACUGGGUGGUGACAAGACGUGGCUUUCCAGAAUCCAUUUUCUUCCCGGAGGGGAUAAAGCCUCAAGACGUGUGAGAAUGUUAAAUGACAUAUAUUUAUGGAAAAGGGACUCUCCUCCGUUGGUCAGGCAUUAUGAAGCUAGUUUGCUCAUAUUCUCCGAUCAGUUCAAUGAUGACGCCUACUACACGGAUAUGCUUCAAAAUUUGGCUAACAUGCAUUACGAUCUUCUCUUAGUCACUCCGACUCUCGACAUCAACAAACCAGAAUGCCCUGAAUGGCCUCUAUUGCUUUUAGAUAGAGGCGCACACUUGUUUGAUGAUGAAACAAGCCGAAUCUCUCAACAACCUUCUUCUUUGAAGCAGACAUACGUGUUCUGGAACAUAGAUGACUACCCAAUCCCUGUAGAUGGUAGCGUUGAUCUUAGUCCUGUUUUUGGUGAUAUGUCAAAAGCUCUGGAUGUAAUGGGUUUUUGUUUUGGGUAUAUGGACGUGACAUUGUAUUCUGAGCAAGUCAGCUGUGACAAAAAAGAGUCCGAACUAUUCAACCACUGCUUAAUCCAAUUUGUUUCUCUUCUGUUUAUUAUAAUAGGUGAGUCUUAUAGGGCUCGUGUUUACAAAGUGCCGGAUAUCACUUUGCGUAUGAUUCGUUUCGCAUCAAUGCUUGGACCAGGACCGAUAAAUUUUUUGGUAAUCGCAAAACCAAAAAGGGAGUUGCACAGGGUUCUGCACUGUUUGAAAUCUAGGCGUCACAAUGUUGUCCUAGUAGAGCCGCCUCCUGAUGAAGAAUCAUAUCUCUUUACUCUAGACUCUCUACUUAAUAAUGCAAGACUUUUGGAUGGAGGAAAGCCUCGGUACAAAGCUCGACAUAGUCAUCGUACGUAUCAGUAUGAUCUCCAUGUAGAAAAGGAUCAAGUAGUGACCAAAGAAGAUGUCUCCAAGACGGUAGAUUUCUCCGAGCGUAUCCCAACCGUCAAAGGGGUUAGGACAGCUGUCUUCUGGGAUACCGUGGAUUGUCCAUUCCCUCUUGGUUCCACUCCUGAUGAGAUCUACAACUCUAUCUCAUCAGCUCUUGUGGCAAGGGAGUUUAGUGAUAACAUUACAAUAUGGGCUUAUCUUGAUGAUGAUGACAAGAGGUUACUGGGUGGUGACAAGACGUGGCUUUCCAGAAUCCACUUUCUCCCCGGAGGAGAUAAACGACGUGUGAGAAUGUUAAAUGACAUUUAUUUAUGGGUAAGGGACUCUCCUCAGAUGAAGAGGAGUUAUGAAGCUAGUUUGUUCAUAUUCUCAGAUCAGUUCGAAGAUGCCGCCUACUACACCAAUAUGCUUCAAAAAUUGGGUGACAUGCGUUACGAGCUUUUCGUAGCCACUCCGAAAGGAUAUGCUUCAAGAAUUGGGUCCUCUUCUCAGAGUCUGGACAUUAACAAUCCAGAAAGCCCUGACUGGCCUGGAUUGCUUAUGGAUAAAGGCGCAUACUUUUUUAAUGAUGAAACAAGCCAAAUCUCUCAAGAAUCUUCUUCUCUCACGCUGCUUGAAGCCGAUGAUGCCACUGCAGAAGAGGAAGAAGUAGAAGAAGAAAGACCUGAGAUGCUGAGUGACAUGGAGGAUUACAGAGACGAAGAAGAGAUGCUUGUUGAUGACACUCUUCCCUUGGAACCUCGGACUGAUCAUGACGCCAUGAACUUACCAGGAUGGCCAGGCUGGGAAAAGCAUAACAACUCUGAUGACAUGUAUCGCUGGGAUCCUAUUACUAUGAUGUACAAACUAAAGAGCCUAUUUCCCAAAGAGCAUGAAGCCGAUGCCACGGCCGAGGAAGAAACUCCUGAGAAACAUGCGUAG